UUAUUCAGAUUGGAUCAUGUGAAAGGGAAGUUCAGGACCUCAGUUUGCGAUGAGAGGAAUGUAAAUUUCUUUAGAAAACAAACACACUGUAAUCUGCAGGACGAAACAGCCAAAAUGAGUAUCUCUGGGGACCAGGACAUAAAGAUGUUCGAGCUGUGGGAGAGGAACAUGUCUUGGAGUAAAGUUAAGAGAUCAAAUUCAUCUGAACCCAGCUGUGUGUCCAUGAAGAGCGACUGGUCACAGGAUCCUCCAGCAAACUUCAGAGACCGAGGCUGUUCUACUGACCUAAGUUUGAUGGAAGGUAAGAAAUCAGCUUCACCUGAACCCAGCUGUGUGUCCAUGAAGAGCGACUGGUCACAGGAUCCUCCAGCAAACUUCAGUGAUAGAGACUGCUCCACUGAAUUACGGGUGCUAAGAGACAAAUCAAAAGUCACCUACAGAAAUCAUGUGGAGUCCAUAUUCAAGAAGCUGGAAAUCAAAAUCAUCACAAUGUUAAAGAAUGAGGUGAAGAGAUUUAAGGAGCUCCUGAUUCCGGAUUACUCCGAAUGCUCUGUGAUGGAAGAGGAGGAUAAGGAGGGUCAGAACGAUGUCAGAGAAGGAGCGCUGAAGAUCACACUGCAUGUCCUAAAAAACAUGAACCAGAUAGAUCUCGCUGAUACAUUAAAAACCAAGCUCUUACCUACAUAUCAAGAAAAACACAAAUUCAAAUUGAGGAAGAAAUUUAAAAGAAUUAAUGAAGGAAUCUCACAGCAUGAAACCUCCACACUGCUGAAUGAGAUCUACACAGAUCUCUACAUCACAGAGGGUUGGAGUGGAGACGUCAAUAAUGAACAUGAGGUGAGACAGAUUGAGACAGCGUCCAGGAGACCAGCAACACAGGAGACACCCAUCAAAUGUAAUGAGCUCUUUAAAGACAAGUCCAUCAGAACUGUGCUGACUAAAGGAGUUGCUGGAAUUGGAAAAACAGUCUCUGUGCAGAAGUUCAUUCUGGACUGGGCUGAAGGAAAAGCAAAUCAGGACAUCUUUUUCAUGUUUCCACUUCCCUUUAGAGAGCUGAAUCUGAUGAAGCAGAAAAAUCUCAGUCUGAUGAAUCUUCUUCAUCACUUUUUCCCAGAAAUUAAAGAAUUAACAUCAAUGGACUGUGACUCCUACAAAGUGGUGUUGAUCUUUGAUGGUCUGGAUGAGUGUCGACUUCCUCUAAAUUUCCAGAACAAUGAGAGAUUGUGUGAUGUGACAGAGUCAGCCUCAGUGGAUGUGAUGCUGACAAACCUCAUCAAGGGGAAUCUGCUUCCCUCUGCUCUCCUCUGGAUAACCUCUCGACCAGGAGCAGCCAAUCAGAUCCCUCCUGAGUGUGUAGACCAGGUAACAGAGGUACGAGGGUUCAGUGAUCCUCAGAAAGAGGAGUACUUCAGGAAGAGGAUCAGUGAUCAGAGCCUGGCCAAUAAUAUCGUCACACACAUGAAGUCUUCAAGAAGCCUCUACAUCAUGUGCCACAUCCCAGUCUUCUGCUGGAUCUCAGCCACUGUUCUAGAGAGAAUGUUGUGUGAAGCGGAGAGUGGAGAGAUCCCCAAGACUCUGACUCAAAUGUUCACACACUUCCUGAUCUUUCAGAUCAAACACAGGGACCAAAAGUACCAUCAGAAGUGUGACUCUGAUCCUCAGCAGACCAGAGAGAGUAUCCUGGCUCUGGGAAAACUGGCUUUCCAACAGCUGGAGAAAGGAAACCUGAUCUUCUAUGAGGAAGACCUGAGAGAGUGUGGCAUUGAUGUCAGAGAAGCUUCAGUGUACUCAGGAGUGUGUACCCAAAUCUUCAGAGAGGAGUUUGGGCUUCACCUGGGGAAGGUGUUCAGCUUUGUACAUCUGAGUGUUCAGGAGUUUCUGGCUGCUUUAUACGCAUUUAUUUCCUUUGUCUUGAAAAAGAGAAAUGUGUUUGUGGAGCAAAGCACUGGACAUUUUAAUCUCUUCAGGAAUCCAAACAUGUCUGAUUUCCUCAGGAGUGCAGUGGACAAGGCCUUACAGAGUGAGAAUGGACACCUGGACCUGUUCCUCCGUUUCCUUCUGGGUCUCUCACUGGAGUCCAAUCAGACUCUCUUACAAGACCUACUGCCUCAGACAAGAAGCAGCUCUCAAAGCAAACAGAAAACAGUCGAGUAUAUCAAGAAGAUGAUCAGGGAGAAUCCAUCUCCAGAGAAAUCCAUCAAUCUGUUCCACUGUCUGAAUGAACUGAAUGAUCGUUCUCUAGUGCAAGAAGUACAACAUUACCUGAACAGAACAGAUAACAGUCGUCUCAGUGGAGUCAGACUCUCUCCUGCUCAGUGGUCCGCUCUGGUGUUUGUAAUUCUGAACUCAGAAGAAGAGCUGGAUGUAUUUGAUUUGAGUAAAUAUGACAGAUCAGAUGAGUGUCUUCUGAGGCUGCUGCCAGUUGUUAAAGCCUCCAGAAAAGCUGUGUUGCGUUGGUGUAACCUCUCAGAGGAAAGCUGUAGAGUUCUGUCCUCAGUUCUCAGCUCAAACUCCUCCAGUCUGAGAGAACUGGACCUGAGUAACAACAAACUGAAGGAUUCAGGAGUGAAGCUGCUCUCUGCUGGACUGGAGAAUCCACACUGUACACUGGAGAUACUGAGGUUGUGGAGUUGUAAUCUCACAGGGAAAAGCUGUAGAGUUCUGUCCUCAGUUCUCAGCUCAAACUCCUCCAGUCUGAGAGAACUGGACCUGAGUUACAAUAACCUGCAGGAUUCAGGAGUGAAGCUGCUCUCUGCUGGACUGGAGAAUCCACACUGUAAAUUGGAGACACUGAGGCUGUUUAAUUGCAAUAUUACAUUUAAGGGCUGUGCUGCGCUGGCUUCAGCUCUGAAAUCAAACCCUUCAUCAAACCUGAGAGAACUGGACCUGAACUACAAUAAACCAGUAGAAUCAGGAGUGAAGCUGCUCUCUGAUCUACUGAAGGAUCCUCGCUGUAAACUAGAGACAUUACACCUACGGAAGUGUAAUCUCACAGAGGAAUGCUGUAGAGUUCUGUCCUCAGUUCUCGGCUCAAACUCCUCCAGUCUGAGAGAACUGGACCUGAGUAACAAUAAUCUGCAGGAUUCAGGAGUGAAGCUGCUCUCUGCUGGACUGGAGAAUCCACACUGUACACUGGAGACACUGAGUCUUGACCGCUGCCGUAUUACAGGUGAGGGCUGUGCUUCUCUGGCUUCAGCGCUGAAAACAAACCCUUCAUCACACCUGAAAGAACUGAACUUGAACGGCAACAAUCCGGGAGAAUCAGGAGUGAAGCUGCUCUCUGAUCUACUGAAGGAUCCACACUGUAAACUGGAGACACUACAGCUGUCUGACUGCAGUAUUACAAGCAAAGGCUGUGCUUUUCUGGCUUCAGCUCUGAAAUCAAACCUUUCAUCACACUUGAAAGAACUGAACCUGGACUAUAAUACACCAGGAGAAUCAGGAGUGAAGCUGCUCUCUGAUCUAGUUAAAGAUGCACAUUGUAGACUGGAGAAACUACAGAUCUGUUCUGAGUCUCAUGCACACAGGAUGUGAUUUUACAUGGGUGCAGCUGUGGUUAUGUUCUUAUUGGCUAAUGCUCUGAACACAUCUACAGCAAAGGACAAUGUGCACAGUCUGUACCUCAAAUAUGUGUACAGACCUGAGCUUUAUUGUUGGUUGGAACCUCCUGAUGUCAAAGAAGCUUCUGUAUUGUCAGACCUCAGUCGAUGAACACUCCACUCUCUGACCCUCAGCACAAGAGUUGUGAUGUAGAGGAGGAAGAUGAUAAAUAGCACCGGUACAAUCACACAGCCUAUACAAAAGGGCUCUGACUCUUCGCCCCCAAAAAACUCUCUUGGCCUUCAUUCCCUCAUGGAACUCUCAGAAGAUGUUUACAGUUUUUCUGGUGCAUAGUGCUGGACCACUUUCCAGACAAGGUCACGAUGUACAUUGUGAGAGGUUGUCCACAAAGGCUAUGAAUAGAUGUUCCUUUUGUUCAUGGCACUUUUCCUACAGCCUCCGUACAGCGUGGAGCAUGUCCACAGUACUUCUGUUCCUCCUGAAGCCACACUGGGAUUCUUCAGUGAUGUUGUCAGUAAGCCUGCAGAGCCUAACCUGUGCCGGGACUACAAUGACUGAUAUUCCCCUGCUGUUGCCACAGACAGAUUCGUCACCAUUGUUUUUAAAAACAGUAAUAAUUAAUGCAUCUUGCCACUGCUGAAAGACACAUUCUCAUAAUAAUAAUAAUAAUAAUAAUAAUAAUAAUA